AUGAGAUAAUUACAGUUAUAUUACUGUUUAUAUUAGUCUUAUGUUACUUAGUGAUUUUCUUCGCACACAUCUGUGUACUUAAUUUAGAAAAAUUAAAAAUGCAAAUUAAGGAAUUUAAUAUCCCAGUGCCAUGGGGACAUGUUGCUGUAAAAACUUGGGGAAAUGAAAAUGACCCACACAUUUUAUGUUUCCAUGGAAUAUUAGACAACGCAGGUUCAUUCAAUAGGCUCAUACCACUUCUUGAUUCUCACUAUUAUUACAUUUGUGUUGACCUGCCUGGCCAUGGUAGGUCAUCACAUUUUCCUGAAAACCUGCCCCUGUACAACAUUGACAACAUCAUUGUGUAUAUGCUUGUGGCAAAAUAUUUUAAGAAAGAAAAGUAUUUGAUAAUUGGACACAGUUAUGGAGGACAAUUGGCAUUUUUCUUUGCACAGGUUUAUCCUGAGUUAGUUGAGAAGCUUAUCAUGCUGGACACAAUUAUGAUGUUCCCUUUGCCAGCCAAAAGUUUUAAAUCCUACAUCAGAGAAGUGUAUGAGUCUUACUUAGUGAUGGAUGCAAAAUUAAAAAAGAAUAAACAACCUGAAUACACAUAUGAAGAAGCACUGGAUAGAUUACAAUAUAAGCGGUCUUAUGGGGAAGUCACUAAAGAAGCUGCUGAGGCUUUGUUAGAAAGGAGUAUAAAGAAACUAGACAAUGGGAAAUAUGUAUUUACUUUUGACCAAAGGCUGAAGAACUUUACAUUGCCCUUGAAUGAUAUCAGAUACAAAUUAGAAACUCUGAAAUUUAACCCAGUGAGUUGUCCUAUUUUAAUGGUAUUAGCACGAGAUUCAGCAAUACAACAGGUAAUUUUGAAGAAGGUUUUGGCUGCAUUGAAAAAAUCGAAGACAAUCAAGAUUGUGCUUGUGAAUGGCGAUCAUGACGUACAUAAUACUAAUCCGGAACGUGUCGCACCGCAUAUACGGGCAUUUUUACAAUUUAAAAUGAACAAAUUGUAAAGAGUAUUUUGUUUUUGUUUAUAAUUUUAAACCUUUAUUUUAUUGUUACUUGUCCUAUAUUUUUCUGUGGUAUUUUUAAUAAAUUUUAUACACAUUUGU